UCUUCCCACUAGACCUCAUCACCGCUCCGCCAGCGUAAAGAGUCUGACUGUUCAGCGAUGGUUGUGCAGCUCCGCUAGGUUGAAGUUAAACAGCGACGUUGAGCCGUGUGAAUCUGGCAGACUCCGCUACCUCCUGGUCUGCUUUGCUAAAUAGGACUUUUGUGCUUCCAGCACCGGGUCCUCCUUGGGGAGAAAAAGCGCCUACUGGGCUUCAGUGCGGGGAAAAAGGGAAGAGCGGCGGAGAAAAGGACCGAGCAAUAUCGGGCGUGGUAGCAAGAAUAAACUCAUCUUUGUUAGCGAAACUUCAAUAAGUAGCGCCCAUCAUGUCGCUGUCGGUACCGCAGAACGGAGUAAAGCCGGACAACGAGCCCGUUAUCGAGCUGUUUGUGAAGGCGGGAAGUGAUGGAGAGAGCAUUGGGAACUGCCCCUUCUCCCAGAGGCUCUUCAUGAUCCUGUGGCUUAAAGGAGUCAUCUUCAACGUCACCACAGUGGACCUCAAGAGGAAGCCUGCAGAUCUGCAGAACCUGGCCCCGGGCACACACCCGCCCUUCAUCACCUUCAACGGCGAGGUCAAAACCGACGUCAACAAGAUCGAGGAGUUCCUUGAAGAUGUCCUUUGCCCACCCAAGUACAUCAAGCUUGGUGCAAGACACCCAGAGUCAAACACAGCUGGUAUGGACAUCUUCGCCAAGUUUUCAGCAUACAUUAAGAAUUCAAAACCAGAUGCUAACGAGGGUCUGGAGCGCGGACUUCUGAAGACACUGCAGAAGCUGGAUGAGUAUCUCCACUCCCCACUGCCUGAUGAGAUCGACCACAACAGCAUCGAGGAUGUCAAGGUCUCCAACCGCAGCUUUUUGGAUGGGGAUGAAAUGACUUUGGCUGACUGUAACCUCCUGCCCAAGUUGCACAUAGUCAAGGUUGUGGCCAAAAAGUACAGAGGCUUCGACAUUCCCAAAGAGAUGACUGCCAUCUGGAAGUACCUGAACAACGCUUACACGCGUGAAGAGUUCACCAACACCUGCCCCAGUGACAAAGAGAUUGAGAUAGCCUAUGGCGACGUAGCCAAGAGGCUGGUGAAAUAAGCUCCUCUGUCCCCGACCUCCUCCCUUCAUACCCCCCCCCCAACACACACACACACACCCCGACACUACCCCCUUCCCAGCACAGGGAAUUAUUUGCUCCUUCACGAGAAAGAAAAAAACAAAAAACUCUGGACUUCUUUUCCUUCUCCCCUCAUCUAGAGCGAACCCCAAUGCAUGAAUCCUGCUCUGUCUUUUUUUGUUCAUUUGUUCCUCUCCAUUCUCUCCAAUUUUUAUGGAGACCUCCUUUAGUUGAUUCAGCAAAGGCCACCUUGUUGCACCUUUCAUCAUUAAUUGCUUUUGUUAUUCAUUUGCUGACGAAUGUUAAGAAACGGUGAGGUGUCGAAGUAGCAGCCAGACAUGUGCAUCAACACUUAUCAACGUUGGGAGCCUCGUCAAACACUCUCCCUGAUAAGUGACCUUCAAGCUGACCUUCUCUCUGCAUGCAUUGGAGAGUUCACAUGCUGCUGUCUGUUUAAUUCUGAAAUCGCUUUUUCUAGGAUUGCUGAGCACUGAGGAGAAAGCUUGUCUUUUGGCUUAAGAGGCGUUGUAAACAGUGUUGAAGCGUCAGUGUUUUUGGCUGAAGUCUGACAGGUUUAAGUAGAAGCUGAAGCUAAUCCAAACCUGAGUGGUUGACAUAUCAAGUGCUUUAUUUUUAGUGUUAAGCUGUUUCAAAUAAAUCAGAAUAAUUGUAACUGCAGGUAAAGCUACCUGGCAUCCAUGCUCUGAUCUCGUCAUUGCCUCAAAUAGGCAAAAGUCUUGUAGCUUAGCUCCGUAGAAUUUGAAGGGACUUUCCUGUACCGGCUGCAGAAGUAACAACUCAGGAAAAAUUCUAACCUGAGAUCUAAGAAGUAUCCAACCGUAUGUAGCUUACAGAUGUGUACAAGUCUAGACCAGCCUUUUUGUUAAUCAUCACAUUGCCAUAUAAAAUGUUUAGACACUGACACACUGAGCAGACUUUCUUUUAUGAAGCAUGAAGGAAGUCUUCACUUUGGUCGUGCUAACUGUAGCGGUAGUUUGGAAUACACAUGGCAGACCAAAAAGGGGCACCAUAUUCUGGUCUCACUGGAUAGGAUGACUCCGGCUAUAUGUAAGCAAAUUAAGUGUGGUUUUUUGCUUUUGUUUUUUUUUAAAAGGGGGGGGAAACCACACACACUUACUGUUUCCUUCUCCAUAGUAGACUGAAUGAAGGACGCUAAUGUGCAGUCAGGCACCAGGAAAGGCGACACUAAAGAUAUUUAUGAAAAAAUGUAUUGAAGAGAGUAGCAAUGAGGUGAAUACGUGGUUGGUCACUUUUCUCUUCCGUAUGUAGAUUGAUCUGAGGUAGUGAAUGUAUGUUAUGAUACAGUAGCUCCAAAAGUGCUUUAGCACGGGUAAAGCAAAAUCUGUUUUCUCCCGUUUGCCAUGUUUUUCAGACACUUGUUAUGAAGCGAAUUUGAUAAAAAAAAAAAAAACAAGAAUUGUAAAUAUUUGUUUUGAAUUUUCAGAAUUCAAUGUGUAAAUUUUAUACAUUUCAUCAUAAUUUUGAGGAAGACACACCUGCUUGGAUUUUAAUUCUAGAUCAACCAUCUCCUUUUUGCCUUACUUCUUUUUCUCUGCAGAUGUUUUGAAGGAAGGUUUUUCAGAGAUGAUUUCAUUACAACAUAAGUGUGGCGUUGUACAAAGAAAAUAUCCAAGCUAUGUCAUGGCUUUUUUUUUAACAAUAUUGACUGAAUUGAAAUAAACUUCUUUUUGGCUUUCU